AGUCUGUUGAGGAUCAUGAGGACCCGGCUGAGCAUACGCAUUCUCGCCUUAGGCCUGUUGCUCUGGCAACUGCAGGCCACCGCCGUGCUGGGCCAGAAGUAUUACAUGAAUUUCGCAUUCAACAACAACAAUCCGGAUGGCGAGGGCGGCGAAGGAUCCGACGCCCUAAAGGGACCACCCAAUGGAGGCGGUUCCGCCGAGGGACCUGCCAGCAGGGGUCACAGCAGUGAACACGAAGGCAGCGGGGAUCGCGCCAGCGGCGACAACAGUCAACAGGCAGACAAGAGCGACCGCGAUGGCAGCAGCGAUGACCGCGGUAACAGCGGCGGCAGCGAUGCUGGCAGCGAUGCUGGCAGCGGUGCUGGCAGCGCUGGCGACAGGAGUGCUGGCAGCGCUGGGGCGGGAGACAGUGGUGACAGUCGGGCAGGUCGCGUACAGAACAAGGACAAGAGCGCGCUGUUGGAUCAGAGAGUGCACGAUGACGACGACAGCGAUAGCCAUGAUCCCGUGGAUCGGCGCCAGAAGGAGGAGCUGGCGCUCGCUAAGGGCGGCAACAAGGAGCACAGCCAUCACAGCAGCUAUGAGAUCAGCAUCGACGAUAGCUUCGGCGGUCGCUAUGUGCGCUCCAUUUAUGAGAGCUCCGAGAGUCAUGGCCAUGGGGCCAGCAGGGCCGGUUCCGGCCGUGACAAUCAGGAGAACGAUAGCUCCGAAAGCCAACAGGGCAACGGGCAAAGGGAAUUCGGCGACCAGGACUAUGAGGAGCCCCUCGAGAAUUAAAGCUAAGUUUUGCCAAAGACAUUUCAAUUUAUGAAUUUUGCGCAAUAAAAAUUAUACAAUAAAUAAAGGAAAUCUGUGGAAUUUGUUGUGUCUAAUAAA